UCUGGUUAUUGCAAAGCAGAAGCUUUCGAAAAGCCUUCAUUUCUUCUUCUUCUUUGUUAUUAUUAUUAUUACAAUAUAUUUAUCCUGUCAUUACUCUUUGAUGGUAAGAUUAUCCUAUAUUCACCUGCCAAAUGCCACUUUUGCUUGCACACACCAAGAUUGCAUUUAAAACAAUCAGCAAAAAACAGCAAUCAAUUAAGGGGUUUUUAUGCCUUUUCCUUGCUUGAAAAUACUACAUCUCUCUCACUAAAAUGGAAAAAAACUAAACCCCAUUUGUUUCCUAGCUGUUCCUGUUCAAUGCACCCCCUUUUCCAUUCUCAUUUCUCACUGUUUCUCCGGCUGCUUUUCCUUCUAUAAAGCUCAAACUAUCACACCUCAACCGAACUCCAUUGCCAUUUUGCACUCGCUUUUUCACGUUUUUAGGCAGAAAAGAAACCUGGGUUGUUGUUCUUGUCAAACUUGAGAAAAGUACAAAAAUGAAGAGUAGGAGAAUGUUAAGAGAGGGACACAGGAGGAGUCCUAGGAUAUCUGCUUUGGAUGUGUGGAAGGCUCAGCCACUGAGUAGGACCACUGUUGCUAAAAAAACUAGGCUUAGUAGGAGCAUUACAAGCACCAGUACCAGUACUGUUGCUAAGGUACAAGACAAGGAGUUGGAGCAGCAAAAGGAGAACCAACCUGAGGGUCCAGCCUGUAGGACAAGGGCAAAGAAAAAGAGGAAGCUUAAACCACUUCAAGAUGUGGCUUCUACUCCCAAUGCUCAACAGGAGCCCAAGUCAAGUGAUGAAUCAGAUGAAAGAAAACUAAGUCAUAAAGAUCAUCCAAUCAAUAGUGAUGAAGCCAUUUUGCAGAAAAAAGAUGGCCCAAAACAGAAAGGACAAGCUCAUUCUCCAGAUCAAUCAUGUAGUUUUUCAUGUACAUCAUGGGUGCCAGAAAAACGAAUACUUGAGCAUAUCGUUGACAUAUUACAGAGGCGAGAUACCCAUGAAAUAUUUGCAGAACCAGUUGACCCAAAUGAGGUUGAGGAGUAUUAUGAAGUCAUCCAAGAGCCUAUGGAUUUCGGCACCAUGAGGGCUAAACUUCAUGAAGGAAUGUAUAACAGUCUUGAACAAUUUGAGCAUGAUGUGUUUCUAAUAUCCAGAAAUGCAAUGCACUUCAAUUCCUCUUCCACCAUUUAUUUCAGACAGGCUCGUGCCAUUGCUGAAUUAGCUAAGAAGGUUUUCCAUGUUCUUAAAACUGAUCCUGAUAAUUUUGAACUGGAAUUCUCGGGGACAAGACGACGAAGUGGUAGAAGGCCCCAACAUGAAGUCAAGGGUUCAACUUAUAGCCCAUCCCUUAAGGUUGCGAGGAGUUCAAAAUCCAGCAAUACCAAUACUGCAGUUCAUGUAUCCCCGAAACCCACCCCACGUUUAACAAGUUGUUCAUCAAGUCUAAAAAGAGCAAUCCGAGUGAACUCUGCAUGCUUGGGCAUCACUGCGCAUUCUGAUGCAAGAGAUGACGAAGUACUUUUUGGUUCUGGAGAUAGUAAAAGAUUUGGUUUUUCUGAAACAGAUAGGCGCUCUACAUAUAAACCAUGGAUGUCAUUCCAUGAUGAGAGCUAUUCAAUUAUUUCAUCAAUUUAUAGUAAUUCAAAGCUACUAGUGCACGUGAAUCAGCAGGAAAUUGCCUAUCAUAAAAGCUUAUUCUUGUUUGUUAAAGACGUAGGACCAACUGCCCAAAUGGUUGCCAAACGCAAGUUAGAUGGAUGGCGGACCACUGCUGCCAAUUUUCCAACUCCAGGUUCAAACUUUUGGCUUCAGUCUCCAAACUGUCAAACUUCUGCGGCAUCAACCUCUGCUCAGUGUCCACCUACUCUUGAUGCUACAAUCACAGCUGCAUGCCAAAAUGUAAGCCGGGGUGAUAGAAUGGACAUGUUUGAUGUCAAUAAAGGAGGUGUUGCUUAUGCUGGUAACAACUUUGGCAUUCAUGGAACUUCAGAGAAAGUGGCACCAAGUGGUAAUUGUUACAGUAACUUUGGUUCCAUUAGAGGUGAUGCUUCCUUUUGUAAUGACACGGAUGUUGCCAGUUUCUCAAGGAAUGAAAAGCCCCGCCAAAAUCAAAAUAGAGGCCUUCAACAGGGUUCAUAUUCACCUGUCGCUGAUGCCAGCGAUCUGAAUCUUUUAGCUGCUGGUUCAAGUAAAAAGGAUAAUGGAUCGGCAAUGCAUAAACUGGAGAGAAGCAAGAUGAAUAACAAAUCACAACCAUCGGAUUCAGGUUUCGAGGGUGUUAGGUCAAAUGCUUUGGAAAGCAGGUUGAGUGAUACUUAUAGUUUAUCACCAUCUUCAUGGCCCCUAAAGACCACUGGCAUGUCAAGUUUUAAUCGACAUAUUGGCAAUACACAUAGUCCAAGUACACAAUGUCUGAGAGAUGACGAUCAAACCUCAGCUGCUCAAGUUCCAAAUCAUGGACUUGACAGUUCAUCCGAGACAAUUCAGGCCUUGAAACCUAGCGAACAAUUGACACCUGUUUCUGGCCAUUUCAUCUUUGAUCUGCCAUUUUUCAAGACACAGCUUGACCAGAUAAAUUCUCCGGGGCAGAAUAGAUUUUUGCAGCAUGGUUCAGGUAUGCAGGGAUCUUUUCCGAACAGAGUAGGUGAGACUUACAAUGAUAACCGUCCACACUCCUCGUUGAAUACUCAGCAUACUAACUUGGCUCUGCAGCUGUAACAUAACGGCACUAAAACAUGAACUCAUUGGCAGGAAAUAUGUUUUACUUCUUGUACAUUUAAUGCUAAGGCCUUGCAUCAAAAAAGGGUCCUUUGUUGUAAAAGAAGGCAGUGAUUGCAGCCUCGUAGGAAUUGCUUUGUAAUUAACUAUGAUUAUACAAUGGUUGUUAAGAAAGACGUAAUGCAAAUCGCGUAGUUUAUC